AUGGACCUUCAAGGACUGGAUACGCACGAGAGGCAGCUAGUCAUCGAUGGCUUCCUCGACAGCUUGUCGUCCUGGGAUUUGAUCUAUCUCAGGCGGCGCAUGCACGUUCACGAGUCCCGCAUCAAGCUCGCCUCGCUCGAGGAACUACCCGUCGAAAUCAUUAUUUACGUUUCGCAGUAUCUCGAGCUCGAGGACCUGCUCACGUGCGCCAACGUCUGCCGCAGCUGGCGCGCAGCGUGGACCUUUGGCCCCGUCACCGCGUCGCUUUGCUGCCGCUACUUUUCCGGCCUGACGGAAAAGUACAACCUGCCUCACUCACAAGGCCAGUCGCUGUUUUCCGAGUACGCAAAGCUGUACAUUGACAAGUACCUGCGACCGCGGCCGAAUGCGUACUUUUCGUCGAGAUGGUUUGUCGGGGGCAAUGACGCGCUGAGCUUAGAGGACAUGCGCGAGGAUGUCUUUCAUCGCACAGAGUGUCUUGACUUUGGACUUGGCACCUUGCAGAUGUGCUAUGACGACGGUCUGCUGGCUUGGCAGCCGGAUGAGGCCUUUGUGGUGAUCAAUGAUCUCAAGACUUUGACCCGCAGCAGAUGUAGUUUCGGAGCGAGCCUAGUCGCCGGUCGCAAACUGGAUCUUCAGGCCGUGACGAGGAAGCUGAUCGUGUUUAGCUCUAUUGACUUGAGCUCAGGCAGCCAAGCCUGCCGUGAACUUCAAAUAUGGAAUCGAAAUGCCGACGAAUGGAGGCGGCUCUCAUUGCCAGGCCGCUUUGCCAAAUGCUACGCUCAAGAUGGCGCUGUAGUUGUCGUGACCAGCAGUGGCGACGCAUUCUACUGGUCAUGGGGCGGAUCAACCGUAGACCUCCAAGCGACGGCUUCUGCACUAACAGCUCCGCCUGCUGAAUGCGUACCUUGUUUGUCCAAGGUCCCCGGGGCCGUUUUUCAUCCAACCGAGGAUGGCGUAUUUUUCCUAGUCUGGGUGUAUAAGCCUGUACCACUUGGGCUAACAUGGCUUUCAGAUGAUCGCAUUCAUGUCAUUGUUGUAGUCAAGUAUAAGCAGGGGCAGCCGGUUCAGAGAUACCAGACAACAGUGGCAAAUCCGGCGCGGAACCCCGCUCUAGUUCAUCCCUACUCGGACGGCAUCCUUCGAUUCUCAUUACGAUGUCAAAAGAUGAACAACCACGGGCUUUACAUGCUUGGCGUAGGUCAGAGAUGUCUUCACUACUACGGGAACAAGAGCCCGCUGGCCGUGUCCGAGUGGAAGCUUGUAUGCUUCAACGUGCUCACCGAGACGUUUGUCCACCGGGCGUACGAAAAGUGCCUCAUCAGCCCCAAAUACCACCGCCCGACCUGGGACUGGGCCGAGUGGCACCAGAUCCAGGCGUGGGACGACUAUCUGGUGGUGCUGUGGCAGCCGCGGUCGCACGUCAUCCACGAGCCCUGCACCUUUAGCGAGCUGCUGCUCGCGACGGACAAUGUCGCGUGCGUUGCCAGCUCCCAGCAGGCGUUUGGCGCCACGAUUCGCCCGCGCCUGCUCGAGCCCGCGCUCACCAUUGACACGUUUCACCAGCGCCGGGCCGGCAUCGCCAACCACGUCUUCAUGGACGACGACUUCAUCGUCUACGCCGCGCCUGACUCGAUCCUCGUCUCGACCUUUAGGGGCGCUAAGAACGUGGCCAUCCCGCCGCCCAUGGACGGCAAUCCCAUGACCUCCCUCGCGAGCCUGGCGGCGCCCACGCGGGUAGAACCACCGCAGCCGGGGCCGGCGUGGGACUGCGAAGUAUACACAACACUCGACACACCACGUUGA